AUGUCAAUAAUACUAAGAUUUAGAUGCAAGGAUGGCAUGUUUAGAGUUAAUACUGAUCUGGAAUCCACUUUUCAAUCUGUAAUUGAUCAAUUACUACCAAAAUUACCGCAAUCUAAUCUCGAAGAAGCUACAGUUUCCUCUAAACCAAAUAACGAUCCAAACUCCACUAAAAAGUUACUGAGCAUUCUUCACGAAUCUGUAUCUGAUUUGAAUCUCAAGAAUGGUGAUUUGCUCUACCUCAAUUACGCUAGCACUUUAGCAGCAGCAGCAGCAACAGCAACAGCAGCAGCAGUAGUAACAAAAGCAGGUUCAAAUGCACCUACGCCUUCAGCAUCGUUUUCAUCUGGUCAUGGACCAGUCAAAGUACAUCAAUUGCCGGUAGACGACAAACUCGACCUUUUGGACGGAAUGAUACAAAGGCCUAUUUCGUCCAUGUGCCGUCAUGGUGCAAAGGGAAUGUGUGAGUAUUGUUCUCCAUUACCACCGUGGGACGAAUCGUACCGCAAAGAACAUGCUAUUAAGCAUAUGUCAUACCAUGCAUAUUUAAAACAACAAAUGGCCAAGUUUAACAAGAAGGAAUUAGCAUCGUCAUAUAUUGCGCCUCUUGAGAAUGCCAACUUUGCAAUAAACUUGAAUUGUAACGAAGGACACCAAAGAUAUCCUCGAGGUAUAUGUUCCAAAUGUCAGCCCUCGCCAAUCACGUUGCAGUUGCAAAAAUUUAGAAUGGUUGAUCAUGUGGAAUACGCGCUGCAUGAGAUUUUGGAUAAUUUCAUCAAUGUUUGGAGAUCCAGUGGGGUCCAAAGAUUUGGAUACUUGUACGGUCACUAUGAACAAUUUGAAAAGGUUCCCUUAGGGAUCAAGGCUGUUGUUGAAGCGAUUUACGAGCCUCCUCAGCAUGGCGAAUUGGAUGGAUUAACUUUACAGCCAUGGGAAGACGAAAAAUUAGUUGAUGAAGUUGCCAAAAAGUUGGGAAUAUACAAAGUUGGUAUGGUGUUUACCGAUUUAACCGAUUCAGGGAAAAGAGAUGGAACUGUAUUGUGCAAGAGACACAGAGACAGUUACUUCUUGACUAAUUUGGAAAUAAUAAUGGCAGCCAGGUAUCAGGUCUGGAAUCCCAAUAUUACAAAGUAUAGUGCCACUGGUGAAUUUAGUUCCAAAUUUGUUACAUGUGUUAUAUCUGGUGGGUUGCAUGGAGAGAUUGAACCGAGAUCAUAUCAAGUAAGUGCAAGUGCUGAGUCGCUUGUGAAAGCAGAUAUAAUCACUGGAUCGACGCAACCUUCGCAAAUUUUUAUGAAUGAGAAUAAUGAUACGAGGUAUGUUCCCGAUAUACAAUACUCAAAAAUAAAUGAGUAUGGAUUGGAAGUGAAGAAAAAUGCCAAACCGACAUUUCCCGGUGAGUUUUUGUUAGUGUCAUUAACCGAUUCGUUCCCCUUAGACCCACAACCAAUGUUCAGCAACCCUAGCACGAGCAAGAGCUAUAUUGUUGAGAAUAGAGAGUUUUUAAGUCAUGGAGACGAUGCAAUGGAACAUUUUCAAAGCUUGAGUACCAUUUCCAAAUUCAUUACUGAAAAUGGUGCCAACUUGUUUGACUUUCAUUGGCUUGUACAUACUGUUAAAUUGGGGAUAUUAAAUGAAAAAGAAGUGGACUUGUUGUGUUUAUAUAUAAAGCUGAAAAACCAUGAGGAUUAUUUGAAAUUGGAGGAAAGCGAUGGAUGGAAGAGUUUACUAACGAUAUUGGAACAAAAUGCGUAG